AGAGAGAGAGAGAGAGAGAGAGAGAGAGAGAGAGAGAUGGGAACGGUGGCUCCAAACUUGAUGGAAGUAUCUGCAACUGCAACUGCAAGUGUUCAUAAGGAAAACGGUGUGGUUGCCAACCCUCCAAAAGAGCUUGAUGCCGGAGCCUUGUUCGUCCUCAAAUCUCAAGGGUCGUGGUUGCAUUGUGGGUAUCACUUGACGACAUCCAUAGUGGCUCCCGUGCUUCUAAGUCUUCCCUUUGCGCUCACCUUGCUAGGCUGGGUUGGAGGACUCAUUUGCCUUGCCUUGGCUGGUUUGGUCACUUUCUAUUCCUACAAUCUUUUAUCUCUGGUUCUGGAGCACCAAGAAAAGCUUGGACAUCGUCAGCUUCGCUUUCGAGACAUGGCCAGAGACAUUUUAGGUCCUGGAUGGGGCAAAUAUUUUGUUGGUCCUUUGCAAUUUUGGAUAUGUUAUGGUGCUGUUAUUGCUUGCACUCUACUUGGAGGGCAGAGCCUUAAGUUUAUUUACCUGCUUUCCAACCCAGAUGGGAAAAUGAAGCUCUACCAAUUUAUAACUAUGUUUGGAGGCGUGACACUACUUUUGGCUCAAAUGCCAUCCUUCCACUCCCUAAGGCACAUAAACCUUGUAUCUCUUAUCCUUUGCCUUGCAUUCAGCGCUUGCGUCACGGCUGGUUCUAUAUACAUUGGACAUUCUAAUAAGGCUCCUGUAAGGGACUAUACCGUGAAAGGAAGUGCAAAAGACCGCAGUUUUGGUAUCUUCAAUGCCAUUUCAAUCAUCGCUACUACAUAUGCAAGUGGAAUAAUUCCUGAAAUACAGGCAACUUUAGCUCCUCCGGUGAAAGGCAAGAUGUUCAAAGGCCUAUGUGUUUGCUAUAGUGUGAUAGUGACGACAUAUUUCAGUGUGGCAAUCUCUGGGUACUGGGCGUUUGGAAAUCAAGCAAUGGGAACAGUUCUUUCUAAUUUUAUGGGUGAUGAGAAGCCUUUACUGCCUACCUGGUUUUUGCUCAUGACCAAUGUCUUCACUCUUUCGCAAGUUUCUGCUGUCACAGUGGUUUACUUGCAGCCAACAAAUGAAGUGUUUGAGAAAAAAUUUGCAGACCCAAAGAUGCCUCAAUUUUCCAUCCGUAAUGUUGUGCCGAGAUUGAUUCUCCGGUCACUGUCCGUCGUGGUAGCUACAAUAUUUGCUGCAAUGUUGCCUUUCUUUGGAGAUAUCAUGGCCUUGUUUGGGGCAUUUGGAUGCAUUCCUCUAGACUUCAUUUUGCCAAUGAUUUUCUACAACGUAACUUUCAAACCCUCCAAACAGAGCCUUAUUUUUUGGGUGAACACAUUGAUAGCAGGAGCUUCCUUCUUGUUGGUCGGGGUAGGGGCAGUGGCAUCUGUUCGACAAAUAGUUCUUGAUGCCAAAACAUAUCGCUUAUUUGCUAACAUGUAAAAAGUAGUGGAAUCAGUUUGUAUCUCCUUUCAGUACCUAUAAAUGAAAAUUCGGAGCCUUUUAAAUAGGGAAAUAUUUUUGCUGCCACUUUAACUUAAAGUGUAUGCUCUUUAUCCUUCUUAAUGCUUGACAUGUAUUCAUAAGCAUAACUAUGAUUAACUUUUUACUUUGAUUAAUGUAAUUGUUGUUAUAUUUAUAUACA